GUUCGCCUGUCAACAGCUACUGAGACUGACGCAAGCUAGCGGAGGCAGGAGGACUGGCACGGAGCAGAACAAGCCUCUCAGCAGACAAUUGGAACAGGAAGCAAGGAAGGAACGGGUCUUUCACCCCGGAGGAAGACUGGCAAACUCAUUGGGAUUGUGACAAGACAGCCACACAGUAGCUCCAGAGACCACCCAUUUCACAGACGAUAAGGACGCAACAAAAAGAGGUCUACCGAAGAUCAGAAGAUGAACGCCACUCUGUCCAACACCUCCAUCAAGUGUGUUCGGGAUACUAGCGUAACCGCUGUGGUUUUCCCCUGUCUAUACAGCAUCCUCUUUAUAGUUGCCCUGGUACUGAAUUCCUUGGCGGCAUGGAUCUUCUUCAGCAUCCCCAACACCUCUACAUUUGUGGUCUUUUUAAAAAACGUGGUGGUGGCUGACUUGCUGAUGACCUUGACCAUCCCUCUGAGAGUGUUAAGUGAUGCAGGUGUGGGUUCUUGGCGUCUACGCGCCUUCCACUGCCAAUACUCUGCAGUUCUCUUCUACAUCACCAUGUACAUCAGCAUCCUUUUGCUAGGCCUGAUCAGCCUGGACCGCUACCUGAAAAUAGUCAGGCCCUUUGGGAAGUGUGUCCUGCAGCAAGUCCGUGUUGGUCAGAUGCUGAGUGCAGGAGUCUGGGUGGUAAUGUUAUCUUUAGCACUACCCAACGUUUUUCUAAGUAACAAGUCACCACUGAACACUGGAGGCAAACUGAAGUGCACCUCCAUGAAGAGCCAAGCCGGCCUGAUGUGGCAUGAAGGAUUCAACUACUUCUGUCAGGUGAUUUUUUGGGGCACUCUGGCGCUGAUGGUGGUUUGCUACACAUUCAUCAGCAAGAAGGUUUAUGAGUCAUACAAAGUCUCAAAGAGCAGAAGUCAGGCAGCCAGUCGGAAAACCAAAGCAAAGGUCUUUGUGGUAGUGGGGGUGUUUUUUGUCUGCUUUGCCCCCUUUCACUUUGCUCGCGUUCCCUACACGCUGACCCAAACUCGCAGCAUGGCAAGUCACUGCCAAGCACUUUACAUUGCCAAGGAAACCACCUUGUGGCUAUCAGCCACUAAUGUAUGUCUGGAUCCGCUUAUCUAUGUGUUCCUGUGUAAGGUAUUCAGAAAAAGACUUACAGCUACACUCUGCUGCAAGUCAUUCCACAAAGGUACCAUGGAAUCUCCCACAGCAACAUCAACUCAGCAGAUGUCACAAAUAGCCCACAGUAGCAAACUGUAAAAUAUUGGACUGCCUCAGUAACACAACGGACAGUGUGCGAUGGGACACAAUAAAUAACCGUGAUAGUCAAGGCAAGAUGAAACACUGCAUUUUAUCUUGCUGACAAAGGUUGUAAAAGUUCUAAAAGUAUUGAAAAAUGACAAAAAUAAAUAAAUAGACAAUGCUGUGGG